AUGGCGAAGCCUUAUUCUUCGUCUGGCCGAACAAACCUCGCUUCAUGUGCCGUCGCCACCAUCUUCAUCGUCUUCGUUAUCAUCGCCGCCGUUACCGUUUACCUCACCGUGUUCAGACCUAGAGAUCCGGAGAUCUCCGUCACUAACGUCAAGGUCCCGUCGUUCUCCGUCGCUAAUAGCUCCGUCAGCUUCACCUUCUCCCAAUUCUCCGCCGUAAGAAACCCGAACCGCGCAGCUUUCUCUCACUACAACAACAAAAUCCAGCUCUUCUACUACGGGAACCGGAUCGGUUUCAUUUUCAUACCAGCUGGUGAGAUCGAAUCGGGUCGAACCAAGCGUAUGUCGGCUACUUUCUCUGUGCAGUCGUUUCCUCUCGCGCCUUCUGCCUCUCGAAUCUCCGCCGUCGAUUUCGGAGCCGGGUUAGCGGAAGUGGAUAAGCGGGGCGGGUCGACAGUGGAAAUAGAGUCGAAGCUGGAGAUGGCGGGUCGGGUUCGGGUUCUUGGUCUGUUCACACACGGAAUCGCAGGAAAAUCAAAUUGCAGGAUCGCGAUUUCCACGAUUGAUGGGUCGAUCGUAGCCGUCCGUUGUUGA